AUGAACUUCGAGCUGCCUCCAGACGUGAGAGAGUACCUUUCGCGUAUUGAUACUUUCAUCAACGACAAAAUUCUACCGUUGCAGCACAAAGACGACAAUAAUCGCUUUUUUGACCACCGCCGUGAAGCCUCACGCACGCAAUGGAACAACCAAGGUCUGCCGACUGAGGAAUGGGAACAAUUACUUCGCCAAGCCAAGGCCCUCGCGGACCAGGCGGGCUUCUACCGUUUUGCAUGCCCCAAGGAGUACGGCGGAUCGGGCAGUGAUUCGCAAAAUCUAUACAUGUGCGCGAUUCGCUACCAUCUGUCCUCGCAUCCAGUGUAUGGGGGCGGGUUGAGCCUGGCCAAUGACCUUCAAAAUGAACACAGCGUUGUGGGUAAUAAUCCCUUCGUCAUCAUGAUAUACCAUUAUGGUACCCCUAAGCAACAGAAGGAGCUUAUCCCCGCCAGUAUCAGUGGCGAGCUGCGAGCUACUUUUGGGUUAACGGAAAACGAACACGGCUCAGACGCGACUCAUAUGGCAACGACUGCAAGGGCCAUCACGCUGCCCUCUGGUGAACCUGGAUACGAGAUUAAUGGAAAUAAAAAAUGGCAGACCGGCAUGCACAAUGCAAAGUACUGCGUUAUAUUUGCUCGAACCUCAGGCAAACUUGGUGCCGCCAGAGGCAUUACCGCGUUCCUUGUUCCUUCGGGGUCUCCCGGGCUGACCGUUGUGUCCUACGAAUGGACGCUAAAUAUGCCUACCGACCACGCCACAGUGAGACUGGAGAACGUUCAGGUCCCCGCCUCUGCUGUUUUGGGCCCAGUGGACAAUGGACUUGCCAUAGCGCAAACAUUCACCCAUGAGAACAGAAUUCGUCAGGCUGCCUCAAGCUGCGGGGCAGCUCAAUACUGUAUUGAUCGGAGUGUGGAGUACGCCAACAAGCGCAAGGUGUUUGGAAAGGCUUUAUCCUCAAACCAGGCCGUACAAUGGCCCCUUGUGGAGCUCUCGACACAGGUGGAGAUGCUGAGGCUCUUGAUUCUCCGAACAGCAGUCGAGAUGGACCAAGUCAGGGCCACUGCCAUGGCUACCGGAAAGGCGCCAUGGGAAGCAAUUGAGAGACAGCUUGGGCACAAAAUUGGAAUGUGCAAUUAUUACGCCAAUCGCCUCGUUGGAGAAGCCGCCGAUCGAGCCAUUCAAAUACACGGUGGUGACGGAUAUUCAAGACAUUACCCCUUUGAGCAUAUAUGGCGGCAUUUCAGACGGUACCGCAUCACCGAAGGAAGUGACGAGGUGCAAAUGCGAAAGGUGGCAGCAUAUCUAUUCGGCUACAGAACAACAGGAUUAGAAGAGACCAAGAAGAACGAAGCCAAAUUGUAA